CGCGGGCCCAGGCGGCCCGGCUCGACCCGAGCACCGCGGCGGCGCAGCAGCGGGAGCACUGGAGAAGCAGCCGCAGUCUCGAGACAUCCCCCCGCGUCCCCCCGCUGCCCGCCCCAGGCUCAGUGUAUGGGGCCGCGGCCCGCCAACCUUCGCUGAGACCGUCCCCGGGGUGCGGUGGCCUCGGGCUCCAGAGCCCGCCCCGCCACCCGAGGGCUGCGCGCGGCCCCGGGCCUGCUCGCCGCGCGGCUACGCGCGUCCCGGGCCAGGAAGUGGCGGCGCCGAGCACCAUGGCCCACUCCCCGGUGCAGUCGGGCCUGCCGGGCAUGCAGAACCUGAAAGCAGACCCAGAAGAGCUUUUUACCAAGCUAGAGAAAAUCGGAAAGGGCUCUUUUGGCGAGGUGUUCAAAGGCAUCGACAAUCGGACUCAGAAAGUGGUUGCCAUAAAAAUCAUUGAUCUGGAAGAAGCCGAGGACGAGAUAGAGGACAUUCAACAAGAGAUCACAGUGCUGAGCCAGUGUGACAGUCCCUACGUCACCAAGUAUUAUGGAUCCUAUCUCAAGGAUACUAAAUUGUGGAUAAUCAUGGAGUAUCUUGGUGGAGGCUCUGCCCUGGAUCUGUUAGAGCCUGGCCCUUUAGAUGAAAUCCAGAUUGCAACCAUAUUACGAGAAAUUCUGAAAGGACUUGAUUAUCUACACUCAGAGAAGAAAAUCCACAGAGAUAUUAAAGCGGCCAAUGUUCUGCUCUCUGAACACGGAGAGGUGAAGCUGGCUGACUUUGGGGUGGCUGGCCAGCUGACGGACACCCAGAUAAAAAGGAACACCUUCGUGGGUACUCCCUUCUGGAUGGCGCCCGAGGUCAUUAAGCAGUCCGCCUACGACUCAAAGGCAGACAUCUGGUCCCUUGGCAUCACGGCCAUAGAACUGGCCAAAGGAGAGCCUCCUCAUUCUGAGCUGCACCCCAUGAAGGUGUUAUUUCUCAUCCCAAAGAACAACCCUCCCACACUGGAAGGGAACUACAGCAAACCCCUAAAGGAGUUCGUGGAGGCCUGCCUGAAUAAGGAGCCGAGCUUUAGACCAACCGCUAAGGAAUUAUUGAAGCACAAAUUCAUAAUCCGCAAUGCAAAGAAGACGUCCUACUUGACUGAGCUCAUCGACAGGUACAAGAGGUGGAAGGCGGAGCAGAGCCACGAGGACUCCAGCUCGGAGGACUCUGAUGUAGAGACAGAUGGCCAGGCGUCUGGAGGCAGCGACUCUGGGGACUGGAUCUUCACAAUCCGGGAGAAAGAUCCCAAGAAUCUGGAGAACGGGACUCUUCAGCCCUCAGAUUUGGAAAGAAAUAAGAUGAAAGAUAUCCCAAAGAGGCCUUUCUCUCAGUGUUUAUCCACAAUCAUCUCUCCUCUGUUUGCGGAGCUGAAGGAGAAGAGCCAGGCGUGUGGAGGGAACUUGGGGUCAAUAGAGGAGCUGCGGGGAGCCAUCUACUUGGCAGAAGAGGCCUGCCCUGGGAUCUCUGACACCAUGGUGGCACAGCUCGUGCAGCGGCUGCAGAGAUAUUCUCUGAGCGGCGGGGGAGCCUCAGCGCACUGAAGGCCCAUGGCGCCUGGGUUGAUUUUUCCUUUCUUCUUCAUCUCCCUUCUUUUUAAAAGUCAACGAGAGCCUUUGCCGACUCUGCGAAGAGGUGUCACGGAGGGGCCCGCCCUCCGGUAGCGCCGGCACCUGUCCAGGGAACAGCCUCAUCGUGCCACAGCCGGAUGGAGUCUUUCCGAUGGGGUGGGGGAGGGUCUCCUCCUGCAAGCGAUUAUUUUAUUUUUUUAUCGUUUUUAAUUUUAAUCAUAGUGCACAUAUUCAAAGAAAGUAUCUUUAGACACACACACAAAAAAAAACCCUGAAAUGUAUAUUUGGAUUGUUUUAAGGCAAUUGAAGACACGUAACCUCAGGUAUCCCGCUCAUAUCGAUAGCUCCUCCCCCCGGGAGACGGAGAGUCGCUCUGGUGGAUCAGUGUACAGAUUGUAUAUAGCGUCAUUUUUACGGAAACCCUUUUGGCGUGCAUAAGGAUCACUGUGUACACGUUGGCCAAGUGCUUCUGUAGAUAAUAUCUGUGGAGUAAAUAUUUGACAGGCCAGAACUUGAGUCUAUUGCCUUGCCUUUAUUACGUGUAAAUUUUGAAUCUCGUGACCAGUGAUUUGGAUUUUAUUUUGUAUUUACAGGGUCUGUCAUUAAUAAUAAUUAACCCGCCCUCCCCUCAUGGAACACUCCCAUUUGUACCUCAACAGAUGCAAAUUCCCCUCUCGUUCACCCGAUGCCCUUUUUGGUACACUUAGAAGUUUUCGUUUUCCAUCGAUGGUACUGUUUCUUAGUGUUUUCAAUUGGAACAUAUCCCGUCUCACAGAGCUUUAAAUUAUUCUCUUCAGUUUCUUCUGGAUGAAGCGCUCUCAUUUAACCUAUGUUGGGUUGUGCCACCACGUCUGUACUAGAUGUCCCGUCUGACAUCUCUCCAUGGAAUCUUGUAGUACAACCUGCGUAGCAUCUUCUCCACCACAAAGUGUCUGAAUGCUUACACAAAUAAAUUUUAUAACUCACUCAUCUCGAAUACUGUUCUUGAAACAUGGCUCCACGGAGCAGAGGGGGCAUCUGCUCUGCACAUGUGCAUGGUUGAGGAAGCGUGUGUAUGUUGUGACAUGUGGAAAGACUCCAGGGGAAAGUGCCCAGAUGUCAAAAGGCCAAAUGUCCAGGUUAUCUCCCUAUGCAAUUUGUGUGAUUGGUCCAAGUUCUGACUGAUGUUGCGGGUUUGUGAAAUUGCUGAAGCUCUUGCUGGGGUCUUGGACCGGCGGUUUUGGUUCUGCUCAAAGAACCGGGUCUGCUGGUCCUGUCAGCCAAGCUCUCUGUUCUUUUAUGUUGCAGGGCAUCCCUCGGCAGGGUGGGAACCCCCGGUUCUCGGAGUGGUCUUGCUGGUCUCACUCAGAUUUGUGUAGUGUUUUUUGUUUGUUGAUGCUAAUAACUGUUCUCCUGUUGGGGUGUUAGGUCUUGAGAAAGACAAAGGGUUUUUGCAGCAGGAACUUUGGGUGAACUUGGCAACAUCAGCUCGGCCCUGUGCUGGUGUGUAGUGUUACAGGAAGGCAGGCCAAGGCUAGACGUGUCAGACGUGAGAAUUGCUUAGAUUUAUUAAAUGGGGUCUAGGUUUUUAGACUGUUGUGACAGUCUGUUAGAAGUAGUAGGUUUGGGCUGGAGUAAUAAUUUCAUUCAAGGAUACAUUUUGGCUAGGAGAAAUAAAGACAAUUGUUUUAUUGCUUUUUAAAAAAAUUUUUUUGAGUCUAUGGGUCAUGUAUGCAGUUCCCUCAAAGACCAGAAGAAGGUUAUGGGAUCCCUUUCUUGGGAACUGUAGUUACAGGUGAGCUGCCCUGUGGGUGCUGGGAACUCAAUCUGGGUGUUCUAUACGAACAGCCUGUGUUCUUAACUGCUGAGCCAUCACAUCUCAGUACAGUGUUAAUUUAUACCAAGAAUGUUACCUGGAACAAUAAUUUGAGAAUAUUUUGUUUCUAGAGUACUCUGCUUUGGAGUGCUGUGGGGUUUUUUGUUUUUGUUUUUUAAACCAGGCUUGAUGUAUAAACCAAAGGUUGUUGCAGGAAAGUCACCAAAUGAACCUGUUCUGCAGAGUGCUGUUGACUUGAAGAACGUCCCUAAGGGCCACAGGCAUUUCUAGUGGAGAGAGCUCGUCAAUUUUACAAGUGGGCAGUGAUACAGUAGUGAAGCCAGUCGUCUUUUCUCUUUCCAGUGCUGGUACAUGAACCAGGACUUGUGUGUGCUGGGUCAGUGCUUUCCUGAGCUUACCCGGCAAUCCCUGCCAUCCCUGCCAUCCAUCUUUAACAGUGUGACAACUGUGGCUGAGCUGCUCAGAGGGCUUAGAAGCUAACUAAUUAAGCAUAAGCUUAUCGAGGUGAGUGUAGGCUGGUCCUCUGCACAUAGUAGACCACAAGGCAUGGUUCCCAUCUCCUGUGAAAGCAACAGAUGGUUCUUCGGGAGUUUAUUGGAAACCUUGCUGUGGAUGUGGGGUUGACAGUUUUAAAUUGCCUUGUUACAUAGUCUGUGUUCUAUGGAUGUUUUGUUUAGCUCGGCAAGCUGUGUGUUCAAUUCUAGUCCUUUAUUCAGAGCAGGGCCUUAUCUCAGAACAACACUGGUACCCGUUUCACAUUACAGGCUACAGUGGGUGAGCUCAGCAUCACCCAGGAGUCCUUCCACAGCGUGCUAUCCACAGCUCACACAACCAUGCCACCAGUCUGGGAAAAUGAGCACCUUGAAGAGCAGUGAGGUAGGCCGAGUGCUCUGGCUCACACAGGUUGUCCUUUGGGGUAGUCCAUGUUGGCCCUCAUGAGUGCUGAGAUUGCAGGCGUGCCAUGCGUUGGCUCAAUGAUGGCUCUCCCCCCAACCCCCAUUGCUGUCCCAGUAGGUAACACCCUGUGAUGUGGAACCACCUGUGCAGAAUGAGAGACAGUAGGGUCCUUCCUAGCAGCUGGGGUUUCUUCUUGAGCUGCUCGACACGGUUCCUGAUUCUGUAUGUGGUGUUUUAUACUGUUCUUUGGGGAAACCUGUAAUCGUAUAUGCAUUAUAUUUCUUUAAAAACCUGGCUUCUGUGUUUCUGCUACAAAAUAUGGCAAUGAAGGUAGAUUCCUGAGCACGCCUACUGUCGUGCUUGGUCAAUAAAGCUCUGGAAAGUU